AUGGAGAAAUCAAUAUUUGGUAUUAGAUUGUUCAUUGGAGCAGUGGCUAUUAGACAUGGAUAUGAUUCUAAUUGCAAAAAAACUGAGCUGCUAGCCAUCAAUGACACCGACCUUUACCAUUUGAAGCUUGUAAGGUUUUACAAAAGAAUUGGAUUUAGGGUUGUGCAUGAGGUGACUGGUUCAUCACUUGGAGAUCUGGGGCACAUGUUAGUUUGGGGAGGUGUUGGCACACGAAUGGAUGCAAAUGUUGAAGAUCUUAUGAUCAAAUGGUGUACUAGAUUUAAGAAUCAAAGAACAUCAUCUUCUUGA